GUCCACCACGGGGCGGGCGCCCGGCACUGCGGCCGCCGUUGUCCCUGGGAGUGUGGGCAGGGCUGUCGGGGGCUUCCGUGAGCUCGGCCUCGCCCACCUCAAGAGGAAAAGCAGGGGAAGCCCCGGCGCCCGCCAGCCCCAAGCGGUGGAGCGGAGAGGACACGGCGGUCCAGUCACCGCGCCCGUCCAGCUUUGGGCAGAGGGGUCCCACCCUGGCCGGCGCGCCCGUCCACCGGCCACGAGCCUCGCGGCGGCUUCCAGCGCCCAGCCCCGGGGAAUGCAGCGAUCCCUGGCCCCUGGCGCCCCUCGGUGUCUCGGCUGGGCCUCCUCGUUCGUCUGCUCCGUGGCCUCGACGCUCCCGGGCCCCUUGAUGGCGGCGAAGUGGUUCAAGGAGUUCCCCCUGACUCUGAAGACCGCGUCCGAGCGCGCCAGGCCCGGGGGCGCCGGUGGCAAACCGCGCAAGAACUCGGAGACUGGCGGCGCGGCGCCCACCCCGGGCAAGGGUCGCAAGAACUCAGCGGCCGAGCUGGGAAGCAGCAGGGCGGGCAGCGGACCCCCAAAGGACAGCCGGCUGUCCCGGGACAGCCUGCAGGGUCUGAUCCAGGCCGCGGCCGGCAAAGGCCGUAAGAACUCCCGGGUCACCGCCACCGCCACCGCCGCCGCCUCCACCACCACCGAGGAGGAGCCCCCCCGAGGCGCGGUGGCCAAGAGCGCGGGCUGCAGCACCUACAUCAGCAGGCUCAUCAAGGUGGACACGCAGGAGAAGAAUGGUAAGAGCGGCUACCCGGGCAGCGGCAGCACCAGCAGCUCCAGCAGCUCCUCUUCCUCUGCGUCCUCUUCCCCAUCCUCCCUGGGCCCCGAGCUGGACAAGGCCAAGAUAAUGAAACAGCAAGACACGGUCAUCAUUUUAGAAGACUAUGCUGACCCGUAUGAUGCGAAACGGACAAAAGGCCAAAGGGAUGCAGAGAGAGUGGGUGAAAACGAUGGCUACAUGGAACCGUACGACGCACAGCAAAUGAUAACAGAAAUCAGACGCCGAGGUUCCAAAGACCCCCUGGUGAAGGCCCUGCAGCUGCUCGACGGCCCAUGUGAGCCAGGGGAGAGCAUAAAGGCGGAGACCACAGUCAAGAGACGCAACUCUAAGGACCUGCUGGGAAAGCCACCACAACUGUACGACACGCCCUAUGAGCCUUCGGAGGGCAGCCAACGGGCAACAGAGGUGAAGGCACGGCCAGCAGACAGCAGGCUGCCAGAGGAGGAUGAUCGGCCUGCUGCUGAGUACGAGCAGCCCUGGGAAUGGAAGAGGGAGCAGAUCGCGCAAGCCCUGUCAGUCCAGUUUGAGGGAUCUGAUCGCCCUCCGGGCAAAGAGGAGGCAGGGAGACCGCACCACUGGCAGAAGACUUUGAAACCGACCCUGUCAGACCACGGUGACGGGGAGAAGGUGGACCCAAGCCUGGCCCUGGAAAAGCAGCCUUGGUAUCAUGGCACCAUCACCCGAGCUGAGGCUGAGAGCCGACUCCAGUCCUGCAAAGAAGCUGGUUACCUCGUCCGAAACAGUGAGUCAGGGAACAGCAGGUACUCCAUUGCACUGAAGACUAGCCAAGGGUGUGUCCACAUCAUAGUGGCUCAGACGAAAGACAACAGAUACACUCUGAAUCAGACGAGCGCUGUGUUCGACAGCAUCCCUAAAGUGGUACACUACUAUUCCAGUGCAAAGUUGCCUUUCAAAGGGGCGGAGCACAUGACGCUACUCCACCCAGUGCACAAGAUUCACUAAGGUCCAGCCCAGCGCGAGCCCAGGCGCCCACCAGCCUCACGUGGACAGGACUCUCUCUCUGCUGCUGCACACCGGGAGUUGGGCACCUGGAAGUGAAGCAGUCUGUGGUCCUAGAUCCAGGACGCGUGGUUCUGAUCUGUUCUUUCUGUCCCUGCCAUGUAGUUCUGAUGUAAAAAC